AUGAAGAAACCGAUGAUGAUGAUGAUGAUGAUGAUGCGGAUAAUGGAAAUAAAACUAACAACAACAACAACAACAACCAAAAUCAAUAUGGAUGAUUCAUCUGAUCCGAUAAACAUAGUGAAAGCAUUGGAAAAAAGUCUUGAAAAACAAAAAAUUUUAGACAUGAAACAAUUUGAUAAUGAUGGUGAUGAUGAAAUGGAAAAAAUCCAUGAUGAUCGUGAUGAUGAUGAUGGUGAUGAUGAUGAUGAAAAGAAUAUUCUGUACCAUCAAUCACCACUACAAUCAACAGCAUCAAUACAACGUCGAAUGUAUGCACGUAGUAUUAGUUUUGCUGGUACACGUUCAACAACGGCAUCAGCAUCAUCAUAUGGCCGUUUUUUAUCAUCACAGCUACAAUCAUCAAAUAUUAUGGCUGGCCAUCAACAAUCAUCAUUAAUACGUCCACGUGGUCUACUUUUUCAACGUCUUGAUGGUCGUCGAUUAUUGCCCAGUAUUUCUUGCGAUGCAUUCUUUCAUAUUCUUUGAUUGACGAGCACACACACACACACACACACACACACACAGUCUCCAGUGGUUUUUUUUCAUAC